CACAGCCUCCCCCCACGUGACUUUGGUUGUCGAGUGACAGUUGACUCACUGGUUCUUCGCCUGAGACACCGUCCCCACCGGGUCUCUCUGGGUAGUAGCCCUGCCUGGCCUUGAACUCUAGGUUCAAGAUGGCCUCUAACUCGCCACCCUCCUGCCGUCGUCUCCCAGGAAGUCUGUCAUCUAUCACUUAACGUCGCCAGUAGAGCUGGAGCGUUUCCCGCGGACUGUGACAGGCUGUGCAUCAGAACCCUGUGAGACCCGAGCAUUGCCGCCUCAGUGAUGGAGCUGGUGUGACUCUGGUCCCCUUGACUCCUGUCUAAUGGCACUUUAGUCUGUAUCAGACACGGGCAAUGCCGAGGAAAAAACAAAAAGAUGCCACGAAGAAAGAAAAAAAUUAAAGAAGUCUCUGAAAGCCAGAACUUGGAGAAGAAGGAUCCAGAAGCCAGCAGUUGUGUCAGUGUAAAGAAGAAGCGUAGACUGGAGGACCUACUCAUAGUGAUCUCUGAUAGUGAUGGAGAGGAAGCAAACGAGGAGAAUAGAUUGCAGAAAAUGAAGACAAAACAGUCGAACAGAUCCAAGUGUUUGGCUAAAAGAAAAAUUGCACAGAUGUCAGAAGAAGAACAAUUUGCUUUGGCUCUCAAAAUGAGUGAGCAGGAAGCUAGGGAGGUGAACAGCCAGGAGGAGAAAGAAGAGGAGCUCUUGAGGAAAGCCAUUGCUGAAAGCCUGAAUAGUUGCUGGUCUUCUGAUGCUUCUGCUACCAGAUCUCGACCUCUGGCUACUGGACCAUCUUCACAUUCCCAUCAAGAGAACACCAAAGAUUCUGGAACCACUGAAGGCAUAUGGCAGCUGGUACCUCCAUCACUGUUUAAAGGCUCACAUAUCAGUCAGGGAAACGAGGCUGAGGAAAGAAAGGAGCCCUGGGACCACAAUGAAAACACUGAAGAGGAGCCUGUCUCUGGCAGCUCAGGAAGCUGGGACCAGUCAAGCCAGCCAGUGUUUGAGAAUGAGAACGUUAAAUGUUUUGACAGAUGUACUGGCCACUUGACUGAGCACACACAGUGUGGGAAGCCACAGGAAAGUACUGGGAGUGGUUAUGCUUUUUCCAAAGCUGUCCAGGGUAGGGGGGACACAUCUAGGCAAUGUCUUUCUACCCCAGCAGACACCAAAGGACUCCAGGACAUUGGGGGCACUGUGCACUACUACUGGGGUAUUCCAUUCUGCCCUGCUGGUGUAGAUCCUAACCAAUAUACCAAUGUCAUUCUCUGCCAGUUGGAGGUUUAUCAGAAGAGCCUAAAAAUGGCUCAGAGGCAGCUUAUUAAAAAAAGAGGGUUUGGGGAACCAGUGUUACCUAGACCUCCUUUUCUGAUCCAGAAUGAAUGUGGCCAAGAAGAUGAGACUAGUGAAAAAAAUGAAGGCAUCUCAGAAGAUAUGGAAGAUGAAGCCAAAGAGGAAAGGCAGGAAUCUAGGGCAUCUGUCUGGCACUCAAAAACCAAGGAUUUUCAAAAAAGUCCAAUUAAAAGCUUGAAACAGAAACUUUUGUUGGAGGAAGAACCAACAACCAGUCAUGGUCAGUCUUCCCAAGGUCUAUUUGUUGAAGAAACUUCUGAAGAAGUUCUGAAGAGUUCUGAAGAAGGAAACUUUGUGCCUCCCUCACAAAGCAUUGCAGCUUUGACCAGUAAGAGAAGCUUAGUCCUUAUGCCAGAAGGUUCUGCAGAGGAAAUCACUGUUUGUCCUGAGUCACAGUUAAGUUCCCCUGAGCCCCUUGACCUCAAUAGAGAAGAUUCUCCAGAUAGCAGCGAGAUCCCCAUUGAAGUAAAAAUGACAGUGAGUGAUAAGCAGGUUGAUAAUGGUGAGAGAGAAGAUAGUGAGAAAGCAAAUCCCACUCUUGCAUUCUCCUCUGGUACCCGGGUGUCCUGCCCAUUGUGUGACCAAGACUUUGCUCCCACGAAGAUUGAACAACAUGCCAUGUACUGCAAUGGUCUGAUGGAGCAGGAAACAGUGUUGACUCGGAGACAAAGAGAGGCCAAGAAGAAAAGUGACAGUAGGACAGCCGCCCAGACUGACCUAGACACCAAGAAGGAGAAGUGUUAUCUGUGUAAGUCCCUGGUCCCACUUGGAGAGUAUCAGUGUCAUGUAGAGGCCUGUCUCCAGCUUGCAAAGAGUGACGGUGGAGAUGGGACCAAGGGGAGUAAGAGAACAAGAGUGUGUGUGACUGUGGAGGGCAAACAGCAGCAGCGGCCGAGGAAAUCAAAGGAAAAAGGUCACAGUCAAGGCCGACUGCUCAGCCUCUUGGAACAGUCUGAACACAAGACCACAGGUGUCGAGGAAAAAACCAAGUCUUCAGAAGCAAGAGCCUUCAGGAUACCUUCACCAGAGGUGGAAGAGGCUAGCUGCAGCAGAGAGAUGCAGAGUUCCCUACCACAGCUCAACUUAAAUGAGUCUCCCAUCAAGUCUUUUGUUCCUGUUUCAGAAGCCACAAAUUGCUUAGUGGACUUUAAAGACCAAUUUACUUUCCGGUCACGAACCAAAUCAGGCAGAGGAAGGAGGAGAAAAUCUUGACUUUCUUGAGACUGGAAUUUGACCAGAACCAUUGUUGUUGGGUUGGUCAUGUUCAUUAAUUAUAGUGGUCUCUAGUUUGUUGUGAGAGUUUGGACCCUGUCGUUUUCACCACCAGCACCCACUCAGCAUCCUGAUUUUUAUGUUUUAUAAGAUCUUUUCAGACAAUUGUGAACAGAAUUCUGUUUUACAACAGUCUAUUUGAAUUUGCUUAUAGUUAAAUUUUAAAUAUAUUUAUCUAUGUUUAUAUGAAAUCUUAUUUCAAUAUAUGGAGAUUUUUUCUUUAUAUUUGUGGUGAGCUUUGGAUGGGGUUAUUUUAAUUGAAGAGGUAGUUUUUCACUCAUAAA